GUCUGGACGUCUCUAUACCGUAUAAAUAGUCGUAUACUUGAUGAAGCUCAAAAACAUAUUCUAACAAAGAUAAUGACUGUCGCAGUUAAACAUAGAUUGAGCGCUGCCGUUGCCGGCGGUCUAGCUGCCGAUGUUGCUACCAUGACAACUCACUGGGUCUAUGACCAAGCAGAGCUUAAAACCAAAGUUGAUGGAAGAGACCCGCUCUUUGUGGAUCCUCCCAUCAACAAUUUCUACACGAAGGAGAUUGGUACACACUCGCCCUAUGGUGAAGAACUACAGCCACUCUUAGAUGCGCUGGUGACUAAAAAUCUCCUGGAAAAGCCCGCUAUAUUCAAGCGGUACUAUAAUUGGGCAAAACAUACUGAUGCGCGGUUGAACCAUGUCAGUAAAAGCUUGCUGGAAAAAGCUGGCGAUGGGGAGUUAGGCAGCACCGCAGAAUGGGAGAGCUGUGUGGCGGAGGACACACAGGCUAACGGCUUUAUUAAGGUGCCAUUUGUUGCCGCCAGGUUCUAUCAACUCACAGAAAAGGAAGUCAAUACCAACGAAUUACUGCAGAAGGUUAGCGAAUCCGUGGCUAUAUGCCAGAAAGGAGAUGAGACACAAGUAGCAUCGGCUAUUGCUCUGCGCGUGUUUGUGGGCGUGGUACAAGGCGACAGUGUGUCAGAAGUGCUGAAUAAGCUCAGCACUGAUACCACCAUUGCUGAGGAUGAACGAGAACACGCAAAGGCUGCCAUGACAAUAGCUAAAAAGGCAAGUGUCGGAAACACUCCCUCAGAGAAACAAGUGGCUAUCAAUGAGGUUGCAAAGGAGGCUGGAUUGAGUUGUGCGCUUCCAGGUGCAGUGCGUGUUGCAUUGGCUGUGGCGAGCUUGUACGAAAACGACUACGAGCAGGCCAUUCGAGUCAAUGCCAUGAUAGGAGGCGACAAUUGCUCCCGGUCCAUCCUGGUAGGUGCGUUAGUGGCGGCGAAUUUGGCCUCAGAAACACAACUGUGGAGUGUACCGCAAGCGAUUAACUCGAAGAGUCAUCACAAACGCUGGGAUGCAGAACUUCUAGCGGCAAACCCAGCAUUGUAGCCAAAUGAGGUGUACUUUCCCACACCAUUUUCGUCCUGGGAACAUUCUACGAGGAUUACAUUUGUAGACCAAUCGAACACGAGCCUCGCUGUAUAGCGCUCAGUUGAAGGCAACUCGGAUUUCAUUCCGGAACAUGCUAAAAUACGCUGGAGUCAGCUUGAAAUAUAUGAUUACAACUAUACAUGACUGAUAGCUUAAAUGAAUACCAAACCUUAAUACACUGAUUACACAAAUUUGUAUCCGUAGUUUUAUUUAGAUCAAAUGAAAUAAAACGAAUUUAUGUUACACUAA